GAAGAAGAACAAGAGAGGGAAGUAAACGAAGAAGAAGCAAAAAAAGAAGAAGCAUGGCUGCUGAUAUGAGAUUGCCAACUAUUCAGAAACCAGUGUCGCUAACAUUUUCUGCUUUUGACCGAAAAGAUCUAGUCGUCCCGGGCGAUGUUAUCACUUCAGACACCGGCUUCAUGAGGGGACAUGGUACCUAUGUUGAUGAAGAGAAGCUGACUGCUUCAGUUGCUGGAGAGGUGCAGAGAGUAGACAAGCUGAUCUGUGUCAAACCACUAAAGACCAGAUUCAACGGUGAGGUUGGAGAUGUGGUGGUUGGCAGAAUCACAGAGGUACAACAGAAACGGUGGAAGGUGGAAACCAACUCCCGUCUGGACUCUGUUCUCUUGUUGUCAUCUGUCAAUCUGCCUGGAGGAGAGCUGAGGAGACGAUCUGCAGAAGAUGAGCUCACCAUGAGGGAAUACCUUCAGGAGGGCGAUCUCAUCAGUGCAGAGGUGCAGUCCGUCUUCUCAGAUGGAGCCCUAUCACUUCAUACCCGUAGUUUAAAGUAUGGAAAAUUGGGUCAGGGAGUGCUGGUACAGCUUUCUCCUUCUCUGAUCAAGAGGCAGAAAACACAUUUCCACAACCUGCCAUGUGGUGCAUCCAUGAUCCUCGGGAAUAACGGCUUUGUGUGGUUGUAUCCCACACCGGAACAACUGGAGGAGGAGGCCGGGGGCUUCUACACCAGCCUGGAGCCUGUCAGUGUGUCGGAUCGAGAAGUGAUUUCACGGUUGAGGAACUGUCUACUGGCUUUGGCUGCACAAAAGGUCCUUUUGUUUGACACCAGUGUUCUCUAUUGCUACGAAUCUUCAGUUCAUCACCAGGUCAAGGACAUCUUGAAGCCAGAGGUGAUGGAGGAGAUUGUAAUGUUGACGCAACAGAAGCUGUUGGAUCAGGAAGGUUAAAGUGCAUCAAUCCUGAUCAUGCAUCAAUGUCAGGGUCACCAGUGAGGACCGAUCUGGCCUUUUUUUCAAAGAACCAAUCUUGUUCUGCAUUUAAACAGCUCCACAUGUAUUUUAUGUAACAAAACAGAUGUUUGUUGUUUGACCGCUUAUGGAAAUGAUGGUUAUUUACUUUCUUUCUGAUUUCUUCAGUAUUCUGAAAUCACUAGAGCCACUGUUAUUACAUUCUACCAAGGUAUAGUGGAACCCUUUUGAUAAUGUUAUACAAAGAAUGUUGUAUGCAAUACAUUUUCUAUAAAUAUCAGCCCUUCUUGGUGUCGUGUAGUUUGUUGAUUAAGGAAGAAAGAGAAAGGGAAACAUGUCUUCAUAAGAGGUUUUAUUUGAUGUGUUUAUGCAAUCCUUUCCAAUUUGCAACAACCGUAAUGCAGUUGCAUACAUGCAGUUUAUCUUUAACAUUUUUAUUUUAUGUUUAUUAAGACUGUCAGCACUGACAUGUUACUAUUAAAUGCCGGAUUAACUAAACUGGGGGAAA